UACCGAUCUCGCAAAGCCAUGACCCACAACCAAACAACCCAGAUUCCGACUCUUGAGGGAAUGGCUUUCGUAGGCGUAAUGUAUUGUCCCGAGUACCCAGUGUGGCUAGGGAUCUUUCCUCUUCCUUCGCGUCGAGCUGGAUCUAUAUCUAGGCUUCUGCCAUAUCACUUCGGCUCCCAUCCCACCAGAACCAGAUCUUAGAAGCUUCCCAAAAGCAAUCAUCAACUCUUUGCUCCUCUUCAACCCUUUCAACGUUCUAUCUUGUUCAUUAACCUCACUCACACAACGUUGCUCAGCCCAAUGGCUGCCCCUUCGUCUCAGUCUUUGGCGGAUGCCAUCGACGAGUCCAAACUAAACUUGCCCGAGUCGGACCUGAAAUUAGACGCCUCUUCUGAACAGAAUAUUCCAUCGAUAUCAGAAAAUUCGCAGGACUCAUCGGAGUCAGCCUUCAAUCCAGGAUGGCGGUUUGUGGCUGCGUUCGCUUCACUCUCCGUCAUCACUCUGAUGGCGGCUCUUGACGCUACAUCUAUAUCUGUAGCUCUUCCGAUUAUGGCAAAAUUGCUCAAGGGCUCAGCCAUCGAGGCUUUUUGGUCAGGGACUUCGUUUCUUCUCACUUCAACAGUGUUCCAACCAGUGCUUGGCUCGUUCUCUCACAUAUUCGGUCGAAAGCCUUUGAUCUACCUGAGUCUGGUCUUGUUCCUUGUAGGGUCCAUUGUCGCAGCCAUAGCUAAUAAUUUCACCGUCAUUCUGGUUGCAAGGAGCAUUCAAGGUAUUGGUGGUGGUGGCAUUAUCGCCUUGACGGAGAUUGUGGUCACUGAUAUGGUCCCGUUGAGAGAGCGGGGAAAGUGGUUCUCUAUGAUUUCUGGAAUGUGGGCUAUUGGAACUGUUGCAGGGCCUUUAUUGGGUGGUGGCUUCUCCCAGAACGUCUCCUGGCGAUGGAUCUUCUGGAUCAAUCUUCCUUUCAUCGGCAUUGGAGGUAUCAUGAUCACUUUCUUCCUACAGCUAAACUAUAAAACGAGCUCCCUCCUCUCAAAGCUUCGACGAGUGGAUUGGAUCGGCAUGGUCUUAUUUCUUGGAUCUACGACGGGCUUCUUGAUUCCCAUUACAUGGGGCGGCGUCCAAUACCCUUGGGAUAGCUGGCGCACGUUGGUUCCCCUGCUCGUCUCUGCAGCUGGUCUGGUUGCAUUUGUCAUUCAUCAGGAGUACUUUGCACCGGAACCUCUCAUUAGGACUAGUGUCUUCAAGAACACGACUGCUGCCGUUACCUAUCUCGAAACCGUCAUCCACGGCAUCAUUCUCUGGAGUGUGCUUUACUACCUACCUCUCUACUACGAGGCAGUAAAGGGAUUCUCGCCAAUCCUCUCCGGCAUAGCUCUUUUCCCUCAAACCUUUACUGUAGCCCCAGCUGCCAUGGUUGUCGGCGCUACCAUUGCAUCUACUGGAAAAUAUCGAUGGGCGAUCUGGUCAGGUUGGUUCUUCACCACCUUCGGCAUGGGUCUUCUCGUUUUGUUGAAGACUGACACAACAACUGUUCAAUGGAUAUUUCUCAAUCUUGUCGGUGGCCUAGGCACCGGCAUCCUCUUCCCUGCCAUGGCUAUCACUGUUCAAGCCGCCGCCGUGAGCGCCGACCAAGCCUACGCCUCCAACAUCUUCUCCUUCCUCCGAGCCUUUGGCCAGACCCUCGGCGUCGCCAUCGGCGGCGUCAUCUUCCAAAAUCAGAUGAAGAAGAAGCUACUUACAUUCCCACUACUCGCCGACAAGGCCGCCGAAUACUCCAAAGAUGCCGCGGGACUCGUCCAGAUCAUCAAGAGUCUACCUGAAGGCGACAUGAAGCACCAGCUCCGCGUCAGCUACACUGAUGCGUUGAAGUACAUCUGGAUUGUCAUGACUGUUCUGGCUGCCGUAGCUUUGGCUGCGAGUUUGUUCACGAAGGCGUAUUCGUUGGAUCGGGCGUUGGAGACUGAGCAGGGGUACAAGGAGAAGAGGAGGUCAAAGGAUGUGGAGAAUGAGGCGAAGGCUGAAGCUUGAGACAUACACUCCGCACUGGUAUUGUACAACCACCAAACACAACACAACACAACGCAUAGAUAUGGAUGGUGAUCCCUACUCUUAUUUUGGACUGUAUUAGCGUGGCGUUUUUUAGAUGGUGAAUGGGCUUGGACUUAUGGAUUUCAUACUUCAUCCCAUCCCGCAUCGCAUCGCUGCAUCAUCACAGCGCUCUCAUAACGAUCCGAAAGAGAUAGACUAGAGAAAGACGCGGCAACUCCGGGAUAAGCCUAUGACCUCGUUUCAAGACCUGGAUAGAUAUCUAUUCGCAGAUAGUACUUAAUGUUUAACUUCCCUCU